UGUGUGUGUGUGUGAGUGUGAAUGUGUGUGUAAAACCGCGCAGAAGGGCGAGCCACGCCACCAAAGAGGGGUUCCCCUUACCGGCAGUGUGCAGAGAGCGCACAGGCUGCCAGAGGCAUUUCCCAGCUCAGCGCACACAGCAGAGGACCCGGAGCGGAUCAGCGGGGCUUCCAGGGACCGGGCUGACUGGGUGGGAACUUUUCACAGUGAAAUGACCAGAUUUCAAGGCUGAGCUGAAGCGGAGUUUCGCUUCUCGUCGCGCACCUCUACGACCAGAUCGCAAAUGCCCAAAGAGUGCAGAAGAAAGUCCUCUAAGGACUUUGGGUUCCCUGGGGCUGUUCUAAGCGAUGGAGGCCGCCUAGAGAGAAGGGCAGCCGGGAGGUCUUCCCAGAUUUGCGCAGAGGUCUUCCAGAAAGCGGCUCUCGUAGCCGCGCAGCCCGCAGCGCCGGCGCUCAUGCAUGCGCCCAUGGUGCCGCAGGUCACCAUCACCCCGGAGGGAGGCGGCUGCUCCAGGGAGAUCCAGCAGGAGGACAUGGAUGGUAACGGGGACGGAAUCCUGCGCAGAAAGCUGUCCAACUCCUCCAUCUCCUCCACGGGCUCCUCCGCGGUGGAGUCUGAGGACGAUCUGCUGAGCGACACCGAGAGCAAGAGCAAGGGCCUCGUCACUUUGGACCACCUGGUGAACACAGAGAGGAAACCUUGGAGAAAGUUGAAGACGUACAUCCGAUGGCCUUUCAACGCUUCCCAAAAGAAGAAACUAAGCUGGGUCCAGCUAGCUGGGCAUAAAGGAAACUUCAAAGCUGCAGACGAGGGCACCAUUCUGAAAAAGUUAUCAGAGAACGAGAUGCAGUGUUUUGAGAAGCUGCGGGACGACGCGCUGCUGCCCUUUGUGCCGGGAUACCAUGGAGUGGUGGAAAAUGAUGGCGAGGCCUUCCUGCAGAUGACCGACCUGCUGGCUAACUUCGAUCAGCCCAACGUGAUGGACUGCAAAAUGGGCGUGAGGACAUACCUGGAGGAGGAGCUUGUCCGAGCGAGGGAGCGGCCCAAGCCUCGGGAGGACCUGUACAAGAAGAUGGUGGAGGUGGACAAUGGAGGCCCAACCCCGGAGGAGCACGUCCAGCGGGGCGUCACCAAACCUCGCUACAUGCAGUGGAGGGAGAGCAUGAGCUCCACCAACACGCUGGGCUUCAGGAUAGAGGGCAUCAAGAAAUAUGACGGUACGUGUCGGACGGACUUCAAGAAAACCAGGUCGAAGCAGGAUGUCAUCCAGGUGUUCAAGGACUUUGUCGAAGGGGACGCCAACAUCAUUAAGUCUUACAUGCUCAGGCUGAAGGAGAUCCGGCAAGCCCUGCAAACUUCUGAGUUCUUCAAGCAACACGAGGUUAUUGGCAGCUCCCUCCUGUUUAUCCACGACCACACGGGCCACGCACAGAUCUGGAUUAUUGACUUUGGGAAGACCACAGCUUUGCCUGACGGUCAGACUUUAAGCCACAACGUUCCGUGGCAGGAAGGCAACCGAGAGGACGGGUACCUGUGGGGCUUGGAUAACCUCAUCCUCAUGCUGGAGGCUGUAUGCAACGAAGAAACCACAGAGAACAGUCUAACUACAGACACUCACACAGCCAGUGACCUUUGAGGGUGGCGGGAGCUUCGCGUGUUUUAAAUGGACUCUACAGAUAUAAAGACCUUUGGGUUUGGUGUUACAUACGUUGAUUUGUUUUGGGUGAAAUAUAAGCACAGAACUGUGGGGUCUCUGUAGCCAAAGACAAGGUCCUACGGAAACUUGGGCUCCUUCCACACGGGACAACUUAUUUAGCACUGACGCUGACAGAAAGGGUGCUGAACAGAGGAAAGCAGAAAGUUUCUUAAACGUAAGUCAAUUUCUGCUCAAAUGCAGUGACACUAAUUCCCUUUCCUGUGAUGUGAACCGAAGUGAAGAAAGCGAGAAAAUCCAGAGCGAAAGAGGUUUCCAGCAUCCCACCGUCCACUGUAAAAGCUUUACCUGUAAUAUUAGCGUCUUCUACUGACAAACCUCUCAUGGUUGUAUGACUACAGCAUUAUAGCGCAUCCCCAGAGAAUCACUGCUUUUGGACCACUAUGAGUUGUCUUUUAAAAAUCCUUUUUGCAUGUAAUUGAUUUUCAUUUUGUAAUCAAACUCCAGCUGUGGAUGCUCAGCUAUAUUACAACACAGGGUUCGUUAAAUAAAAAAAAAAAAUCAACAUAUGGUAACUGUUGGUCAGAUGAAAUAAAUCAGCAUGUGUUAGAAAUUAAAA